AUGAUGAUAGAAAAAUCAAAUAAAAAAAUCAUCUUUUCUAAAUUUUUUACCCUUACCCUUUUAGUAUGGAUGUGGAAAUAUUUCGAUAACACAUCUGCCUUUAAUUCAUCAUUGAAUAAUCAGAACAACAAUAAUUGCCACGUAGAUACAAAUGUUAUGAGAGCAUUAUGCGGAGAAGGAAAUGCAAAUUCGUCAUUAAAGGGUAGAAUAUUGACAACAAAAUAUGGUAAUAGCGAAUAUGAUUAUUAUAAUUAUCAUGAUGGUGAAGAUAGCAAUUAUAACAGUUUUGAAAGGUUACAUGAACAAACAAGAAAAAAUUUAUAUAAAAGAAAAAAGAGAAAAACUCUAUUAAGUUCUAUUGGUAAAACUUUAAAGAAAUAUGAUAAGAGGUAUGAGGAUAAAGUAAUGAGUGCUUUCUACAUUGAUGAUAGAAGAAAUAAUGAUAAUGUAUAUAACCUUCAGUUUAUAGUUAGCAAGGUUGCCCAAAUUAGUACUCCAGUUCUUCUAUCGAUUAUGUAUGCAUUCAUAAGUUUUUGUUUAUUUACAUCAACAUUUAUUCGCAUUUUUCUACCAUUUUUAGUUUUUAUAGCAUCUAUUUUAUAUACUGUGAAAAAAUUUGUAAAAUGUUAUGUAAAAGCAAUUAGAAAAGAAAAAAUUUAUAAUUCAAAAGGAAAGAUACAGAUGAAAUAUGACUAUUAA